AUGCAGCAAGAAACCGAACGCGGCGCGCAAGGACCUCAGUCCCAAUUUGAGAAGGGCCAUAGGGUUCCAAUUCAGCAUCAUAAGCAGCCCGGUCUGCAAAAAGAACUUGGAGAUCCAAAGCCGACAAAUACUCAGCUCCCGACAGAAGACAAUGGCUACCAGACCUACAAAGCAGCCGGGAAGCUGAAAGGAAAGAGGGCAAUCAUUACUGGCGGUGAUUCAGGAAUUGGUCGCGCGAUAGCGAUCCUCUACGCGAUGGAAGGAGCCUCAAGCUUGAUAACAUAUCUUCCCGAAGAAGAGUCAGAUGCGAAAACGACCGUUCAACGCGUUGAGGAACAGGGUCAAAAAUGUCACACGAUCGCACUAGAUUUGCGCAAGAAGGAAAACUGCAAAAAGAUUGUUGAGAAGGCUUUGGAAUGCUUGGGUGGGAUUGACAUUCUCGUCAACAAUGCUGGGACCCAGAAUAUGAUUGAGGACAUAAAAGAUUUGACUGAGGACCAGUGGGAAAAUACUUUUUCUACAAACAUUGACUCGGUUUUUUAUCUCUCAAAGUACACACUGCCUCAUCUCAAGAAUGGGUCUACCAUUAUCAACUGUGCAUCCAUAAAUGCCUACAUUGGACGCCCAGAUUUACUUGAUUAUACCUCAACUAAGGGCGCGCUCAUUUCAUUUACUCGGGGCUUGUCUAAUCAGCAGAUGAAAAAUGGUAUUCGGGUUAACGCCGUGUGUCCUGGGCCGGUAUGGACUCCCUUGAUCCCAGCGACUAUGAACACUUCGGCUCAAGAGCAAUUUACUUCUCCGAUGGGUCGACCCGGUCAACCCAGUGAGAUUGCCACGUGUUUCGUAUUCCUCGCAAGCCAGGAUAGCAGUUUCAUCUCAGGACAAAGUCUUCACCCGAACGGAGGUGUUGUUGUCAAUGGUUAA